CGUAGAAUUAUUGUACUACAUAAAAAGAAGAAUAUUAUGACAUUUAUCCUUUGACAACUUUUGACAUUUAAAUUGCCAAAUCCCAAAUCUGUGAAAGUUUAUAAACACCCAAAAACUAAACAUUAAGUUCUGGUAAUUUUAAGAAAUGUUAAAUUAAAACAAAAAUGGAUCACUGUAGUAUCUGCUUGGAUUCAAAGGGAUGUACAAUUCGUUUCAGUGAUUUGGACGAAAACAACAUAGACUGGUCAACGAAGUUAAAAUCCAUUGUAGCUGAUUUGGAGGAUACUCCAGGAGAACACUUCAUUUGCGAGAGUUGUACAAAAAAAUUGGACGAUUUUUUGACUUUCAAAAAGAAAUUAGAAAAUUUGGUGAAAAGAGUUAGGACUAUAUAUACAGAAGAGAAUGAAGAAAGUGAAGUUAAAUAUGACAAUGAUGAAGAUCGUUGCAGUGUAAGUCCAGCUUUGGGUGACUACAAAGAUGAUGUUGAUGAUGUAGAAUUGGAUGAUGAAGUAUUAACUGCAAGAAUAGAGAGACUCAACAAUGGGUCGCUUGAUUCUACUAAUUCUAUUAAAGACGAACCAAAACCUGAAAUAGUUGAAGUAAAUGAAUCUUGUGUUUGUUUAAUAUGUGACGAGGAAUUUGAAAGUAAAAAAGCAUUACGCUUCCACAGAAAAACAUGCACAAGAAAUCCGAAAGGUGUCUAUACGUGUUUUACUUGUAACAAAAGUUAUAGUACAAAAACUAAUCUUAAAUUACAUCAUAGAAAGUGUGGUAAAAUAAAAACAUUGGAAGAUGAAAAUACAGAUAAGUUGCUUAAAAAACGUGGAAGAAAAUCAUCAAGAAGUUAUACUUGUGACUCUUGUGAUAAGAUAUUUAAUUUAGUAAAAGAUCUAAUGGCUCAUUGUAAAAGUGUUCAUAAUAUGGAGGAACGGAUGGUGAAACCUUAUUCUUGUAAUCAGUGCACUCAAAGGUUCAGAACUUAUGCUGGUUAUGAUCAACAUCUGAAAUAUCAUAGCCGAAAAAGGGACAAUGUGUGUAGUUUGUGUGGAAAAAGGUUUAUAACGAAAAGCGAACUUAUAGUACAUGAAUACACUCAUUUUAAUAGAAGAAACUAUAAGUGCACAGCUUGUGGUAAGGCUUAUAAUACUAACAAAAACCUAAAAACACAUAUCUUAGUAGUACAUACAGACAGAGCAGCUUGGAAGUAUGCAUGUGCGAUAUGUGAGAAAAGGUUCCCACAAAAAGGCAACUAUGAUCAGCAUAUGAAACGUCACGCUGGAGAUAAACAACACAUCUGUCACAUAUGUCAAAAACCUUUCAUCACCAGUAGUGAGCUGAAAAGACAUGUAAGUUUACAUUCUAAUGUAAAAGCCUUCACUUGUGAAUACUGUCAGAGAGAAUACAAGACUUUAAGAACUUUAAACACACAUUUAAGAAGGUCUCAUUCAGUUGGAGAUAGAUUGCCUGAAAAAGAAAAGAAGUAUGUCUGCCAUAUUUGUCCUAGUCAGUUUUACGAUAAACAAAAGUUGUCUAGGCAUUUGUAUUGUCAUUCUGGAAUAAAACCUUUUGAGUGUACUGCUUGCGAUAAGAAGUUUACAGACAAAUCAUAUCUUAAACACCAUAUGAAAGUAGCUCAUAAUAUUACUGAAGUACCUAGGGAAAAUAGGGAAGUUAAAUAUGAGACAUCAGAUGCUUUAAAGUAUGAGGUUCCCGAACAAAUUAAGUUUGAAUUUGAAGGGGGUAAAUCAGUCCUUGAUAUUUAUGAGAGAAAAAUCCUCUAACUUAUGAUCCCAUUAAUUUUUAUAAUUAUUUUUUAAAUAAUUUUCAAUUUUAUGGAAUGGUAGUUAGGUUUUUACAGUGGCCGUGUUAGGCUUUAUUAAUAAAAUUAGAUUUUUCUUCUAGAUCUUACAGCAUAUACAGGGUAACUCAUCUUAUUCGCCUCAGUCUCUGUAUGGAAAAUGACUUGAUAUUUAAAAAAAAUUUCUUCACAGAACUAUACACGACCAUUAACACUACAAUCUAAAAAUAAUGUGAGUUAUACAGGUUGUUCCAAAAAAGAGUGGUAGAUCAAAGUUAUAUUUUUUCUUAUGGAAUUCCCUAUAUCUGAUAACAUUUUUGAAUUGCCCUCAAACAAUAAGCUAUACUUUUAUAAGGGUUCCCUAUCUAAAUACAUGGUGUUUUGAUUUAUUUCAAUUUUUAUAAAAAUGUAAUGUUGAAAAAAAUAUCGAUAUACGCAUCUAAGAAUCGAUGGCAAAUUUUUUCUUGGAUCUUAAUAACAGACUACUCAGCAUAUUUAAAUAGAUGUUUAUUGUAGCAAAAUGUUGUACAGGGUGGUCAAAAUAUUAGAUUGUCAUAUUAACAAAUUCAAACUGUAAUAACAUACUUAUUUUAAAUGAAACACCCUUUAUUUUAUUAGUCUAUCUUGUGGAAAAUUUACUUAGUUUUUAAUAUCUAUUAGGGUUUUCUAUACUUAUCGCCCUUCAUUUUUUUUUAAUAUUUAAAGAUGUCCUAAUUUGUAAGCUUUAACAAUUAGAAUCAAAUAUGUCAUGGUUAUGUACAACACAUCACCAACACCGGUAAUAUGAUGAACAGUCUGUUAUUAAGAUCCAAGAAAAAAUUUGUCACUGAUUCUUAGAUUCGUAGAUAUUUAUUUUUUUCUUUUUCCAAAACCUUAUAUAUUUAUAAAAAUUGAAAUAAAUCAAAAUCCAGUAUUUAGGUAUAGGGAAACUUUAUAAAAUUAUAGCUUAUUUUUUAAGGGCAAUUCAAUAAUGUCAUCAGGUAUAGGGGUGUUCCAUGAGAAAAAAUAUAACUUGAUAUACUUUAUAUAACUUUGAAGCACCCUGUAUAAUUCACAUUAUUUUUAGAUUGUAGUGUUAAUGGCCCUGUAUACUUCUGUGAAGAAAUUUUUUUAAUAACGAGUCAUUUUCAGUACAGAGACUGAGGCGAAUAAGAUGAACCAGCCUGUGUAUACAGCAAAAUGAAAACAGCGUAGUAGGUGUCAUGAUAUAUUAUAAUAGAGUGUAGUGUUUGGUCUCUCUCCAUAGACUUCUGCCUGUGGUUAUUUCUAUUACAGUGUGAAUAAGUCUUUUGCAACUUCCUGUGAUGUGGUCAAUCCCUCCUCUUGGAUAUCUUCCUUUUUUGAGAUAUAGUUGGAUAAAUUAUAAUACACUAAGCACCAAAAUUAACGCACCACCUUAAAAAUGGGACAUUUUUGAUGUCCUGUAAUUCCUAAACCUGUUGUUCGAUUUUAGUGAUUUUUUUAAUAUGUUAUAGCUUUAUUCUUCAAGAAUAUCGGUGUAAUAAUAUUGUUGCUAAACAAGUAAGUGCCAUUGUAUACCGGGUGUAAAAAUGAUAGUGUGUU